AUGGAUAGAGAAAAUCAAGAGCGUGAUGCGAUGAGUGAAAGCAAGAAGAAUAUGGAUGGAUCAAGAGAUGAGAAGGAGAAGCAAAAUAACUGGACCUGGUCACAAAACAAGGCCUUUGAGGAAGCCCUAGCCACUGUGCCGGAAAAUGACAAUAUGCGGUGGCAGAAAAUCGCCGCUCAAGUUCCCGGCAAGUCACCGGCAGAUAUCAUGGAGCACUACCAGAAACUGCUCCAAGAUGUGGCGGAUAUUCAAUCGGGUCGUGUCGGACUUCCCGACACAGUCCAAAUCAUGACACGGGCACCUACGUCAGCAUUCAUCAGGUUUUGCGGUCAUCAGCACGAUUCAGAUUUUCUGGAAAACGACGUCGUCCCCAACACCCCAUGUGCUUUUUUUCCUUCAUUUUCGUGGGUUUCCGUUUCUCCCAUGAAACACGACGUUGAUUUUGUUUCCCACAACACAAACUUUAAUAUUAGAAGAGAGAAAUACAAAUAA